AUGGACUCGACUGCUGCCAAAAUCCAGGCUUUGGGUGAUCUGGAGUUGGCUGUCUUGCUCUGUCUGGUAGCCCAACAACACUGUAUAAUAUCAACCCAGAAUCUUUUGCUCGACACUCUGGCACGGGAACUCCAACUGAUUGCUACCAAUAUUUUUGGUCUCUCGUGUGCCUUGGUCAACUGUUCAGCCACAACUACUCUCGAUGACUUUAGAGCGUCUGUUCUGGUCGAUGCUCCAAACACCGUAGAUGAUCACCUUGCUUCCUCCACCCAUCUCUCACUCCCCUCCUUCAAGCACCCCACUUCUAGGCAGACCUUCCUCCGGAAUCAGUCUGGCGCCAGCAACGAACUCGAUGACCGUAAAAUCGCCGACAUCAUCAUCGCAAAGGAUCUGAACAUGGCAAACACCAAUGUUCAGACCCAAGCUCUCGAGCUUAUGCGAACCAAAAGAUUGUUCAGUCAUACCGCCAUGCACAGCACAUCCAAACACUUCCUCUUCAUUGCCCUACAAGCAUCAGAGUCCACGUCCAAACUCGCUUUCCACCUUAAUGAUAUGUUUGCCAUCUCACAUUUCCAUACCCAAGACGAUGGCUUUCCGAAUCUCGAAGAGCAAGACUUCAAGGAACAAUCCCAUUCUAAUGAUGCUGCAUCCAUCUCUUCAGUCGUCAAGCAUCAGCUUUCCAACGAGGAGCCCCUCUCUGGAUCUCCCACCAUCACGCCAGAAGACAUACAGGAUAUGCGUGCUUCCUCGAAAGCCGUUCGAGUGAGCGCCGAGGUUGCUGCAUAUCUUCACAACAUUGUCAUCUUCAUGCGUUUGAACCGCUUUGUUGCGGGCGGUGUCUCUGCCUAUGCUACUCGACACUUCAGAGCUAUUGUCUACGCUCUUGCACCUUUGCAUGGCCUCGAGUAUGUUCCUCCGUCGUUGGUUGAUCUGGCGGCAAGAAAAGUCUAUGCGCAUCGCUUGAUCCUGGCUACUCCAAGUACCGAAAGGAGCAUGCAAUGGGGAAGCGACUUUCGUGCGGUCGAGCAAGUCUUGAAAGAUGUCACGGUUGCAGAUGCCAUCGAGUCGGUUCUCUCCAGUGUGGAAGCCCCGCUUUGA